CACGGUGAAUCAAAAGGGACGCGCGCGGCGGCAACAAUAACCGACUCCGCGGGGACAAGUGCCUUAGCUGCUUGUUGAACGUGGUGGUGCAGUGGUGGUAAACAGACGGAAAGGAUGUCCUGCUGCGCCGGUAGCAAGAACGAGGAGCGGGCCGAGCCGACGCGGGUGCGGGGAUGCACGGACGUCGUUUGGCUUUGCCUCUUCGUAGCGUUCUGGUUUCUCAUGAUCUUGAUUGCUGCCUUUGCUAUAGUCUACGGUAAUCCUGUGCGGCUCAUAAAUGGAUACGACAGUUUCGGGAACACGUGCGGCAUGAAGAAUAAUCCAAAGUUUGGUAGCAUGGAGCUUUCCGGGCAAGACACCAGCGACAAGCCAUACUUGUUCUUCCUGGAUAUAAUGAAUGUCACGCAGUCAUUGAAGAUUUGCGUGAAGAAAUGCCCCGACAGAAUUUUGUCCAAGAUGGAAGACAUCUGUCAAUUUUACAAAGAGACGGGAUCGCAGCUGUGCCACGAUAGACCGGGCAGUAAUUUCAGCGCGUGCAACAGCGAGAGUAGUAUAUUCAAGAACGGAUCUUGCCCUGAGCGACCGGUUUAUCCCAGCACGCCCGUUUUGAAUCGAUGUAUCCCUAGGGCGGUGAAGGAAGUGAGCGAGACGAUAAUCUCAAAUUUAUACGGCUUAAUCAACUCGUGGGAUGUUAUCGAACAGGUUUUGGGAGACAUAUAUAAAACCUGGAGGCAAAUUCUGGCGUUAUCUUUUCUCGCCUGUGUUUUAUCUCUCUUUACAAUAGCCAUCUUUCAUUUAUUGGCAAGUAUUGUAACGUGGAUUAUAAUCGUACUUGUAAGCAUUGCUAGCGUAGCUGGCACAAUUCUUUUAUGGCUGACAUAUGUUGAUAUUAAGAAAACCUUGGACAAAACUGAUCAAAAUGAACUUCUCGAAGAAGCUGUAAGAAAUGAAAGAGCAUUUCUCGCAUUUUCCAUUAUCGCUACUAUUAUCACUGUUAUUUUAUUAUUUCUUUCAUGUAUAUUACGCAAACGCAUCAGCUUUAUGGCGGUACUAUUUAAAGAAAGUGCAAAAUGUUUAAAAGAAUUACCUGGUUUAUUUUUCCAACCAAUCUUAACAUUUAUAUCUUUGAUACUAUUUUUUGCCUUCUGGGUAUUUGUAAUUCUUUGUCUUGCAACAGCAAAUUAUCCUGAGACAAAGUCAGUGCAAAUGUACAAAAAUACUAUAUUUGAUCCUGUAAACUUAAGCCUGAUUGGUGACAAGGCUCCAUUAAUUGAGGAGAAAAAAAUAGAUUUUUCUCUUGAUUCUUUCAAAACUUUUACUCUCGUGGAAUACGUUGAUGCGACUUGGGUGAAAUACAUGUGGUGGGUGUAUCUUAUAGGACUAAUAUGGAUAUCAGAAUUUAUUGUUGGAUGUCAAGUCAUGGUAAUAUCGGGUUCCGUUGCCCACUGGUAUUUUAGAGGUAAAAACAGCAGCUCAUAUCCAGUAUGUUCAUCCAUAGGACAUUUAGUCUGCUAUCAUAUGGGCUCUGUGGCGUGUGGAUCACUUUUGAUAACCAUUUUUAAAUUGCCAAGAUUGAUUUUAACGUAUCUGCACGCCAAAUUCGAAAAAACUAAGGAAACGUCCCCAUGCGCUCAGUGUGGUUUAAAAGCCUGUAUUUGCUGUUUCUACUGUCUAGAGAAAUUCAUUCGAUACAUGAAUCACAAUGCGUACACCGUUGUUGCUAUAGAGGGUACCCACUUUUGUAAUGCGGCCAGAAUAGCUUUUACAACACUCGUCAGUAAUGCUCUUCAAAUAGCAGUGAUCAAUGGAUUCGGCGAUUUUAUAUUGUUCCUGGGAAAGUGUUUCGUUACAGCUGCAACCGGAAGCGUCGCAUUACUUUUCAUGAGACAAGAUCCUGAGCUACAUUUUUACGCUAUUCCGAUUUUUAUCGUUUGCGUUUUUUCAUUUUUCAUUGCUCAUUGUAUAAUUUCCCUUUACGAGACCGUUAUCGACACACUGUUCUUAUGUGUAUGCGAGGAUAAGAAUUUAAACGGUGAAAAUGGAAAGUGGCGUCAGUCUGCGUUAGCACAAAUCGGAGCCUCUAGCAGCAAUACAAACGGACAACAGUCUCACGAAAUGACACCGAUGAACGAAUAAGUAUCUGAUACUUUAGACGUAUCUUUUUUAUACACAUUUUUACACACAUUUUUUUUAGUACGAUAGAAUACUUUUGCAUUUUAUCACUCGUACAUCUAAUAAGAACUAAUAAGAGUACAUUCCUUUCGACAUUCACGCGUGCAAUAUUUGUAUUGCUAUACAAAUAACUUUAUAAAAACCUGUCUCGAAAGUUGUUUUUAUAAUGCUUAGAGAUAUUUAAAUCAUGUGAAGAUAUGAUCGUUCAUAAAAUAUUUUUAAUAUAUUACGAAAUAUAUAUGGAUAACAAUAAUAUAAAGCGAAAUAUAUUUAAUACUUUCAUCAAAUUGUGCAUAAUUUCAUAAUAUUGUAAUUUGUAUUAUAAUAUUUUCUUCUCAUGAUGUUUAAAGUAUGAACGUUCAUCUCUUAAGACUACAGGUCUUUUUUUGCGACAAGCCAGAAUUUUUUGAAUUAUUGUUAUACUUUUGCUAUCUCAAAGAUGUUUAGGCAAUCUUGAUUCGCACGCAAAAAUCUCGUAAUCGUAAGUGACUUACUAUUUGAUAUAAAAUGAGAACUAAUACGGCGUCAAUUAGUUGCUCACUUUGAGAUUUCCAAUUGUUUCCAAUCAGCUUGUACUUAGCGCCAACUUUUGAUUUAACUGCCAGACUUUAAAAUACUAAAUAUCUUAUAAUAAUCACUAGAAUCAUUGAAGAGAUUAGACUACGAUUAUAUUUUAUAAGAAUUUUUCAUUUUAUGGAAUGUAUGUUUUAUUCGAUACUGAAUAUCGAAUUGAUGAACAAAGUAUAGAUUAGAUUUAUAUCUUUUCUAAACUUUGUAUCAUCAAAGUGCCAUUGCACAAGCUGAAAACUCUGUGUCUUAAGAAUUGUUGUAAUAAGAAAAUAAGAACUAAUAUUUUUAGAUUUUAAGUGCACAUACAAAAGAAGCAAGUGCAAGUCAAUGUUAUAAAGAAAGUACAAUUAUUACAAGGCAAUAUGCAUUUGAAUGCAGCUAACAAUAAGUGCAAUUAUGUGUAGUUCAAGGAAUUUUCUACAUGUAAGAUGUGGAUUAUCCAUUAUGCUGAUGAAAUCAAAAUUGCUCAUCUGCUCAUUGCAAAUGGAAAAUCUAUUUUCUAAACUUUACACAACCAUCAUUCCUUCCAGACAUUUUUUAAAAAUAAAGACCAAAAAAAUUCACACCUAGAUAAUAAGAGGCUUUCAUAUUUUGAUGUACAAAAUAUUUUAAGCUAUUUUAAUAAAAUGUAUUAAGCAGGUACUUGUAUGAGAUAAACUAAAAAUAUAUAUGUAUAUCACUAAGUUUCUAAGAUAUAUUUAAAAUCCUUUAGAUUGAUAUAUGAAUUUGUGUUAAUAAACAUGGUAUAUUAAUAACAAAGUACAAAAUAAUAUGAUUCAACAUAUUCUAAAUAUUCAACGGUAUUAAUAUUUUACAUCAUCGAUAUUAAGCAACUGUACUAAUACUCUCUCUCUCUCUGAGAAAGUUUAUUUUUCUCUAAUAUUAUGCAUAAGAUACAUGGUCGUGAUUGAAGAAAAAUUUUUAGUUUUGAAUCGUUUAAUUAUCAAGUAUCUGAAGGAUUUGCGGGAACAGUAUUUUUC